GGGGGAAACUGUUCACUGUUGCAAUUUCGACAUUUCCGGUCCACAUGUAAACUCAUUGUUUUUAGUUUGCACGGUAGAGUAUUAUAGUUACUGUAGAUAUAGUAUAUAGUGACAAAGUUACUGGUUCUCUCACUUUCUUUGAUUAUAUAAGCGACAUUCAUAGAGUGUAAGCAUGAAACUACUGACGCACAACAUGUUGACCUCUCACGUGAAAGGGGUAACCAAAGGAUACCCUCUCCUCAUCAAGGCGACGGAGGUGAAAGUGAGUGAGGUGGAGUUUAAUCCCAAUUUCGUGAGUCGAAUGAUCCCCAAAUUGGAGUGGAGCGCCCUGGUUCAGGCGGCUGAUGGGCUGGGUCAUCUCCAAGAUUUACCUGCAGAGCUCGUCACGGACUAUGAGAAUAAUGAAGACUUCCUGCGUAAAGUACACCGGGUUCUGCUGGAGGUGGAGGUGCUGGAAGGGUGUCUGCAGUGCCCAGAGUCUGGCCGUGAGUUCCCCAUCUCUCGGGGGGUCCCCAACAUGCUGCUGAAUGAGGACGAGGCAUAGAGGAGGGGGGUUGGUUAUACGCUAACCCCCCCCACCCCCACCCUCUCACCCCAACCGUUCAUUGUAUGGGACUGCUGGCAUUAGAAGUGAGGGGAAAACUGGACUCUUGUUUGAGUGGAUAGGAAGAAAUACCACACUGUUGAAUUGGUUAUAUAGUAUAGUACCUGGGGCAAUGAAAUGUGAACACACUGCUGCCCCAAGAAAACCACAGAACGGAUCUGAAUGCUGUCCAAUAUCUGUGAGCUGAUUUUGUUUUAUUUAUUUUUAUAGAAAUGUUUUGGUGGAUUUUUUCCCGUAGAAGUACAACUCCUUGGUUUCCUUGGUACCCUGCUUUCCCUUGUAAUUAAUUUACACAGAUAAAUAAAUACUGGUACACAUCAACUACAUAAUGUAAAAAAAUAAAUACAUAUCAAUACUA